CUGGGGCCGGGCGGGCAGAGCGGAGCGGAGCAGCGGCCGGGACAGCGGGAGGCGACGGCCGGGCCGCCCUGCCGUGCCCUGCGGAGGUGGGAAGGCAGCGGUAGCUCACCAUGGCCCUGGCAGACAACACGGGCUGUGCCAAAGCCGGCGAGGACUUUCCCUUCCCGGACAUCAUUGAGCUGAAUGUGGGUGGCCAAGUCUACAUCACCCGGCACCCCACGCUGGUCAGCGUGCCUGGCUCGCUCCUCUGGGAGAUGUUCACCCAGAAGAACGUCCGCUCCCUGGCCCGUGACAGCAAGGGCCGCUUCUUUGUGGAUCGGGACGGCUUCCUCUUCCGCUACAUCCUGGAUUACAUGAGGGACCAGCAGCUGGUGCUGCCCGAGCACUUCCCGGAGCGCAGCCGCCUGCAGCGCGAGGCCGAGUACUUCAUGCUGCCGGAGCUGGUGAAGAUGUUGGCCCCUAAGCUCAGCAAGCAGAACUCCCUGGGAGACGACCCCUGCCAGAGCGACCCCGAGGAGCUGUCCCCCAACGCCGAUGCCACCCGCAGCCUGGCGGCCGCCGGCGCCGCGGCUCUUGGCCCCGUGGCUGCGGGCACUGCCGGCGCCGAGGGCCGCAGGGCGGGUUUCAUCACCAUCGGCUACCGGGGCUCCUACACCCUGGGCAGGGACAGCCAGACGGAUGCCAAGUUCCGCAGGGUGGCGCGGAUCAUGGUCUGCGGCAAGACGGCGCUGGCCAAGGAGGUCUUUGGGGAUACCUUGAAUGAGAGCAGGGACCCGGACAGGCCCCCGGAGAGGUACACCUCCAGGUACUACCUCAAAUUCACCUUCCUGGAGCAAGCCUUUGAUAAACUGGCCGAUGCUGGCUUCCACAUGGUGGCUUGCAACUCCACAGGCACCUGUGCCUUCGCCCAUGACCAGACAGAUGACAGGAUCUGGACCUCUUACACCGAAUAUGUUUUCUAUCGUGAGUGACACCAAAAAAAACCACCCCCACGAACCAAACACCAACUCUCCCUUUCCUCUCCUGUGUUGGCUGUUGCCUAGAAGGUAGACGUUUGACCCCUGAAUCCCAGCGUCUCCCCCUUUGCCUCCUUUUGAGUUUGUUCUUGGGGUUUUUUUUCCCCUCCUCCUCCCUCCACGUUGAACCUGAUCAGCUCUUCCUCGUAGCAGCUGCUGACCACCAACCUUCUUCCCCCUCUCCGACUUCUGCAGUAGUGCCUGUAGCUUCCAACCCUCCCUGGAUGUGUGGACUUGGACACUGUUGUAUAUGUGUUUUGGGGGAGGGAGGGGGGAGAUAUACUGGACUGUACUCUGGGCUGGGAUUCCUGCAGCUGGAUGAGCUUGUCCAUGUCAGACACUGAACUUGGCUUUGUCUGCUGUGCAGCUCCCUGGGAACAUGCUGCACACUCUGUAUUUGAUGUGCCAACGGGUUUGAGGGAGAAAGCGUUGGUUUAAGGACAUGGAGGGAGGUGGGAAGCAGAGAGGGGGGUGGGGAGUGGUGGGGAGGAGGGGAGGGUGGCAAGAUGAAGCCUCCCAGCACGGAUGUAUUGCCAUUAGCCCAUGUAAGCAGCUUAGCAUUUAGACUGUCAGUGCUUGGGAAGGGUAGAUAAAGAUGCACCCUAUGUUUGCAGUUCUGAUUCAAAGCCUUGCUGCUGCUCUGGGAUGAUGCCUUGGGG